UCAAACUUAAAAACAUUUUUUUUCUUUUAGCCAGAUGAAUUGUACUUUGAGGAAGGUGAUAUUAUCUACAUUACUGACAUGAGUGAUACCAGUUGGUGGAAAGGCACCUCCAAAGGCAGGACUGGACUAAUCCCAAGCAACUAUGUGGCUGAGCAGGCGGAAUCCAUUGACAAUCCAUUGCAUGAAGCUGCAAAAAGAGGCAACUUGAGCUGGUUGAGAGAGUGUCUGGACAACCGAGUUGGUGUCAAUGGCUUAGACAAAGCUGGCAGCACUGCCUUGUACUGGGCUUGUCACGGGGGUCACAAAGAUAUAGUAGAAAUGCUAUUUACUCAACCAAACAUUGAACUGGACCAACAGAACAAGUUGGGAGACACAGCUUUGCAUGCUGCUGCCUGGAAGGGUUAUGCAGAUAUUGUUGAGUUGCUUCUGGCAAAAGGUGCUAGAACAGAUUUAAGAAACAAUGAGAAGAAGCUGGCCCUGGACAUGGCUACUAAUGCUGCCUGCGCAACUCUCCUGAAAAAGAAACAGGGAACAGUUAUCUUUCUACCCAGUGACCUUGCCUUCAGAUGCUGUUCGAACAUUAAGCAAUGCUGAGGAUUAUCUUGAUGAAGAGGACUCAGAUUAAUUCCUUUCUGAAGCUUUAAGAGCUAAAACUUCUGUUGCUUUUGCCAUUCCAAAACCAUGUCUUUGCCAGAGAGUGUUGGUAACUGUUUUUUGUUUUUGUGUUUUAAUGUCCAUAUAAACAUGGAACGUGGCAGUAUUGCACUGUGUUUGAGUAGAACAUGUAAAUGAAUAGUUCUCACCUUUGGUUUGCCAAUAAGUGACUGGAUUCUUUGCUGUAUAAAGUAAGUUUUUGUUUAACAGAAUAGAGCAAGAAGAGAUUAUUGCUAUUUAUCAAGUUAAAGGAAUUUUAAGAAUUUAUUUCUUUAAAAAAAUCAGGAUGGUUUUAUAAAUUAAAUUUCUUUACCUCAAGGAUGUUUUGAAUGGAUUUUUCAAGGGGAGAAAUGCUUAUUAUAAUAAUAAACCAAAACACAACAGAAAAUUGUCAGUUAUUCUGACAAAAAUAAACAUUUUAAGAGAC